GCUAUAUUGUUUGUUUGUUGUUACGAUGCAUGUUUGUUUGUUUGUUUGUUUUUCAGAAUUCCACGAGAAAAGUUGCAAAUUUUUUACACGUUCAGAUUAAAACACACGUUUUCCCUUAAGCGCUAUAAAAUUGUGUUUUUAGAUAUUUUACGAAUGCAAAUUUAUACUGAACUAGUAGCUAAAAUAAAUUGCCCAAGACGUAGAGUUUAAAAUGCAAUCAGCUAAAAGCAUAGCUUAAUUCCUGUAACAUACGUACACAUUUUAUUAUUAUUAUUAUUAUUAUUAUAUUAUUUUUACAUUGUGUCUGUUUUAAUAACGUAUAUAUUGUUGAGGCCCUAUAAUCCCCGGACUCGAGUGUUCCCUAGUGGCCGAUGUUACACGUAGAUCAGUCGGUACGCGCGUUUUGGUAAAAGCGGGGGAGAGAUUUGGGGAUUGCGAGACAAAGUCCCCACAGAAUGUCUCCGGAUGAAAGUCUUAAAUGGGACACGACACGACACGCCCACCAAAGACCGUGUUUUUAUUUUUGGGACAGUUGCGGUCCACUUUGAUUGUAUUUGUGUAACGACCCGGUUUCAGUGGUAAUGUGGCUUUGAAACAAUGCCCAGUUUUUUUUUUUUUUUAAAACACUAAAGCGUUUUGUUUGGGAUGAGGAUCAAAGGACGUCUGAACUUCAGGGCGGUAGUUAAAAGUUGAAACUAAUCUGUCUAGUCAACGCAAUUGGUAACAGUGAUUUAUAUUCUAGUAUAGUUUUGACAGCCGGUUCAUUUUGUGCGUCUAUUGCUGUGUCUUGAGUUAUCUUACUUGUGCUCAAUUUACAGCGCUGACAUUGCGAUUAAAAACGCGGGAUAAUAUUAAAAAAAAAAAUAAAACAGGAUCUUUUUUUUUUUUUUUUUUAAUGUCCCGGAAAAGCAUAUUGAAAUCCCGGGAGCAUUUUAUUAUUUUUUUCAACCCAACAAACACCAUCUAGUUCACAGCAGUGUAUUUCCAGAAAAUCUAUCCCAGGUUGACCUGAUGAUGCUGUGGAUACCUCUGGCAUUUCUUAAGCCUAGGGAACACCUUUUGCGGCUUGGAACUGGGUUCCAGGAGACAAGGUUUCAGGACGCUGCGCGGCACACCAGGGGAGACUCGGGGGUUUGAUACAGCAAACCUCAAACUAGGUCUCCCGGAACCGGGUUCAAGCCGCUGCCCCUGAAAAAGUGGCUUGGAGUUCCCUCGGCAACGUGGGUUGAGUGUUCCCAGGGGACGGGUUAAUGGUUACACAGUGGUGUACCAGUUGUACUUCCUGUUUGGUGUUGGAUUGUGAUCUCAGUUCUGAAAGAUGUCUGGUCCCACCUGGCUGUCUCCGAGGACUCUGGGUAGUCCUGAACGGUCAGGUGUUUCUGCCUCCGGCCCACCCACCUACAAACCGCCCAAGAAGGUCGCCGUAGUAACCAAAUACGGGGUCUACGACCAGAACGGGGGACCUGGCGUUGGCGUGGCAACCAGAUACCAGGCAACGGGGCCUACAGGUGGAAUGCCGUCGCCACACGUCCGUGCAGAGGAUUCUGGGACAGAUGGCUUCCACCCCUUCUCCCCAGUGUCGGGGGAUCACUAUUACCCAUCACCCCCUGCAGCAAAGGAGGAGCGGGCUUCCUGGACAAUCCCAGUGACUUUUGACCUUCAGCAGCCCGGAUCCCACCCCUCCAACAUCGACGCGGAGAUCGACUCUCUGACCAGCAUGCUAGCGGACAUGGAGAGCAACCCACUGUACCCCCGUACCCCACGGGCGCAGCCAGGCGACCUCUACAGACCCACAGCGCCACCUAGUGGCCAGCCCACACCAGCCCCCAGCUACCACCACCCCCCCCAGAACCAACAAGCCCUCUCCCAACACCAACCCCACUACGCCACCGCGCCCGUGACCUAUAGCAGCCCUCCAGUCUCCUCCUACACCCCCUCUCCCAACGCCCAGCCCUAUACCCCCUCCCCUGCCCAGAAGAGUUACACCCACCCCUCCCAGGGCUCCAAGCCCUACCCCCAGCCAGUGCCAGCCUCCUACACCACAGCCUCCACCCCCCCCAGCCCCAGGUUCAGCGUCCAGGUCCAAACCGCCCAGCCAGUCAGGAGCUAUUCCCAAACGGGACGGCCGGCAGAGCAAGCCUACGCCCCGCCUUCACCCCGGCAGCACCCCGAACCCCCCUACAGGGAGCAAGCCCCCUAUCCCGACUCGGGACUGGGCUGGUACCCCGCUCCUCCGCUCCCCUCGGAGGCUGCCAGCUCCCUGCCGGACGCUUCUAAUCGAGGGUACCGGGGUUUCGGGGCUGCCCCCCCAGGACCCAGACCCCACCAGCCCAGCGCUGGGGGGCCAAAGAGGAGCCAGGAGACCGUCCCGCCAGCAGCCACCCCCCAGACUGCGGGGUACCUCCCAAACAAGGGUCCAGAGGACGAGCUUGACCGCCUGACCAAGAAACUGGUGUACGACAUGAACCACCCCCCUAGCGACCAGUACUUUGGACGCUGCGCGCGCUGCGGGGACAAUGUCCUGGGGGACGGGACGGGUUGCAUCGCCAUGGACCAGGUGUUCCAUGUGGAGUGCUUCACCUGCAUCACCUGCUGGCUUCGCCUGAAAGGACAGCCUUUCUACGCCUUCGAGAAGAAAUCCUACUGCGAGAACUGCUACAUUAGCACGCUGGAGCGCUGUUCCAAGUGCUCCCAGCCCAUCCUGGACCGGAUCCUGAGAGCGAUGGGGAAGGCCUACCACCCUCACUGCUUCACCUGCGUGGUGUGCAGCCGCUGCCUGGACGGGGUGCCUUUCACUGUGGAUACCACCUCCCAGGUCCACUGCAUCGAGGACUUCCACAGGAAGUUCGCCCCGCGCUGCUCUGCGUGUGGUGACGCCAUCAUGCCGGAGCGCGGCCAGGAGGAGACGGUGAGGAUCGUGGCUCUGGACCGCAGCUUCCAUGUGAACUGCUACAUGUGUGAGGACUGCGGCUCGCUGCUGUCUUCGGGGGGAGAGGGGCGCGGCUGUUACCCUCUCGAUGGACACAUCCUGUGCAAGGGCUGCAGUGCCCGGAGAAUCCAGGACUUGUCUGCCAAAAUAUCCACCGACUGCUAACGGGACCCUGGACCCUGCAGCCUGUGCGCACCCCACGGCCACUUCUAACAGGGCGAGUGUGAGUUCCUGACCCUGCUCAAAUUCCU